AGCUGUUGUGUUGUACAAUGGCAGCCGGAGGGAUUGAGAGCGAGGCCUGUGGCAGGGAGUCGGCCCGUGAGUAGAAGAGACGUGAGUAAGAGACAGUGAGAGACAGUGAGAGACAGUGAGAGACAGUCAGGGGAGAGACUGUGAGGAGAGAGAGUUGUGACGUGCGUCUCUAUCAGUGAAGAUCAUGGCGAGUCCGGUGGUGCGUCAGAUUGACAAGCAGUUCCUGGUCUGUAGCAUCUGUCUGGAGAGAUACCACGUUCCCAAGGUGCUGCCCUGUCUGCACACGUUCUGUGAGAGAUGCCUGCAGAGCUAUAUCCCACCCCAGAGCCUGACCCUCUCCUGCCCAGUCUGCCGCCAAACCUCCAUCUUGCCCGAGAAAGGAGUCUCCGCCUUGCAGAACAACUUCUUCAUUACAAACCUGAUGGAGGUCCUGCAGCGCAGCCCAGAGAGUGGGCGCCAGGAGCAGAGUGUCCUGCCGAGUGAGGGCCAAGUAGCCGGGACCCCAUUAUCAUGCCCAAACCACCAGGGCAAGACAAUGGAGUAUUACUGUGGCCCCUGUGAGACGGCCAUGUGUGUGGAGUGCACCGAGGGGGAGCACCGGGAGCAUUGCACCGUCCCACUGAAAGAUGUGGUGGAGCAACACAAGACAUCGCUACGCAACCAACUGGAGAGUAUUAAGAGCAGGAUUCCUCAGCUGACCUCGGCCAUUGACCUUGUGACUGACAUCAGCCGACAGGUGAGCGAGAGGAAGAAUUCGGCUGUCAAUGAGAUUUGCUCUGCCUUUGAGGAGCUGGAAAAGGCUCUUCAGCACAGAAAGAGUGCUCUGCUGCAGGACCUGGAGGCAAUCUGUGUGAAUAAGCAGAAGGUCCUCCAGUCUCAGCUGUCCUCCCUACAGCAAGGUUUGGACAACAUGGAGAGCAGCGUGCGUUUUACAGAACAAGCCCUGGGUCACGGCUCAGAAACAGAAGUCUUGUUGGUGAGGAAACAAAUGAGCGAGCGACUCAAUGAACUGGCCUCGCGUGAGUUUCCACUCCAUCCCCAGCAGAACCCACAACUUGAGUUUCGAGUGGAAACUGAGGGACUCAGACGCUCCCUACAGAACCUGGGGGCCCUGCUCACCACAAAUGCUGUUGCGUAUGCAUCAGUGGCCACAGGAGAAGGCUUACGCCAAGCCCUGGUCGCACAACAGACCUCAGUUACAGUUACCACCAAGGACAUGGAUGGCGAGUUGGUUCGCAGUGGCAAUGCCACCCUAAAAGCCCAAAUCACAGGCCCAGAUGGAGGAGCACAAGAGGGAGAGGUGACCGACAAUAAGAAUGGAACAUAUGAGGUUGUGUACACAUUGCGCAUAGAAGGGGAGCACCUCUUAUCUUUAAGGCUUUAUGGACAACCUCUGCGUGGAAGUCCUUACCGAGUGCGAGCAGUAAAACCUGGGGAUGUGCCGCCUUCUCCUGAGGAUGUCAAGCGCCGGGUCAAGUCUCCAAGUGGGGGUCACAUUCGACAGAAGGCUGUGAGGAGACCCUCUAGCAUGUACAGUACUAACAAGAAGAAGGAGAAUCCCAUAGAAGAUGAGAUGAUACUAAGAGUGGGCUCCCGAGGGAGAGAUAAAGGGGAAUUCUCCAAUUUACAGGGAAUCUCAACCUCCGGCAAUAAUCGCAUAGUUGUGGCCGACAGCAAUAACCAGUGUAUCCAGGUCUUCACCAACGAUGGCCUAUUCAAGCUGAGAUUUGGGAUCCGGGGUAGGUCCCCAGGGCAGUUGCAGCGUCCAACAGGAGUAGCAGUGGAUAUGAAUGGAGAUAUUGUUGUAGCAGAUUAUGACAAUCGCUGGGUCAGCAUCUUUUCACCUGAGGGCAAGUUCAAGAACAAAAUUGGUGUAGGGCGUCUCAUGGGGCCCAAAGGAGUGGCCGUGGACCGUAAUGGACACCUAAUUGUAAUAGACAACAAAUCCUGCUGCAUCUUCAUCUUCCAGUCCAAUGGGAAGCUUGUGGGGAGAUUUGGGGCACGUGGACCUGGGGACAAGCAACAACCUGGGGCUCUAGAUGGUCCCCAUUUCGUGGCAGUGAAUAACAAGAAUGAGAUUGUGGUCACAGAUUUUCACAACCACUCAGUCAAGGUCUACAGCGCAGAUGGGGAGUUCCUCUUCAAGUUUGGAUCCCAUGGAGAGGGGAAUGGCCAGUUUAAUGCCCCCACUGGAAUUGCUGUGGAUUCGAAUGGAAAUAUAAUCGUGGCUGACUGGGGCAACAGCAGAAUACAGGUGUUUGACAGCUCAGGUUCAUUCCUGUCCUACAUAAACACCAUGGGGGACCCACUGUACGGCCCCCAAGGUCUGGCUCUGACCUCAGAUGGACACGUGGUGGUCGCCGACUCUGGGAACCACUGCUUCAAGGUGUAUCGUUACCUGCAAUGAUGGGCCACGGCUUUAUCUGCCAGUUCCUCACCCAACUUUAUGUCAAGCCUGAAGUGAUGUCGUCUUCUUCUUGUGAACUCAAUGUGUCCUGCAGCCAAGCUCAUGCUGUGCCAGAUACUGCUACAUGUUUUCUGCAGCACCGGGUGCACCACGCCUGACCCCUACAGACUGGUAUCUAUCCAGGCUUAUACCCAUUCCUGCCCAGCUUGGCCUUGCUGUGUUUGUCUGUCGGCCCUCAGAUAAUACUGUAAAUGAGUAACUUCUUCAUGGAAUUCCUGCCAAGGUGGCCUCUGCCUGGCAGCUGAAUGUUUGCCCAGGACUAGGAAUAACAGUGACAUGGGUUGGUUUUCUGGGCUGCUGUUACCCACUCCUGGUCAGUUCUCUUUGGAAUGUUUACAGACUGGAGUUUGUCAUGGGGUCACAUGUGGUGGUGCCGGGGAUCUCGUGGCACACAAUGGAUCCACUUCCCAGAUGGACUUGGACUUACUAAACCACUGGCUCUCUGGCCUCCAUUGCUUGCACUAGAAGGGUUGGGGUUCAAAGUGGUCCUGAUUUCAGGGGAUUCCUUCUGUGUUCCCUCAGAAUCUCCACUGAGGAACGUACUGGAAUUCUGGCUCUAGAAGGGAAUGAUUUUUUUUUUUUUUGUAUUUUUACUCUUCAGUUACAGGGUAUCUUACCCCAAGCACAUGCUUAUAACUAGGGCCCAUGUAAGGGGCCCCACUGCUAAUCUGAUCUGUAACCACUGGCCAAUGGUCCAGGCUUAACGCUCUCGAAAAUAAGGACAUUCAGUAUUUAGCUCAACUGAACUCCUUCUAUGUCCAAAUGGCCCUCCCCUCCUCCGUAUAUUUGAUUUAUUGUUAAAUGUGUCUCUAUGGGAAGCACUGGAGGAACUUUCCUUAUCUGGGUUUUGGACCUGGGAUUGUACAAAGAUGUUCUACACAUUUCAGUCACAUCUACUGACCUGGGAGCAGAGCACCCUAAAAUGGGGCAUGGGGGCGAGUAGAUAAGAAUGAAUAUAUAUAUUAUAGGGAAAUUACAGAUCAUUCCAAUGAUAUAUAUAUAUAUAUAUAUAUACAGAAUAUCAGAUGGAGGUGAGAGACCACUCACAGGGACAAUCCAAUGCACAGAGUUGGGCACUUACUGUCAGGGCGGUACCUGAGAAUGAACAAAGGUAUGUGAUUGGUCAGUAACAGAAGAGGAGCUGAACUGUAACGGGGUAUAUGCAGAUGACUAGAGGCAAAGCUACAGCAGAGGAGGACAUUGGGGUACCCACCAUAAGGGAGGUUUAAUAUAAAGAAGGGAAUUGCGAGGGUGCCAGUGCCACUAUAAUGGAUUGGGGGGUAUUUUUGAAUUCACGGAGCUCAUGGGAAAACUAAGGGAGGAGAACUCAGGUGGGUCCCACACAAUGGCAGGAAGAUGGGGCGCCUGCUCUCAGGGUGGGACGUUAGAAUAAAUAUGAGGGGCAUUUACUGAAUGUAACACUUUUCAGGUGUCACAGGGUCUCCCCUAUCCAGGGGGCUGCACUUUACUGUCAUCUCUCAUUCAUCUGCCCCAGGCUUAGCCCCUCACUCCAGACUUUGCCCCGGCCCAUCUGCCCCCCAGUACAGUGUCCUACAGGCACAAUUAUUGGGGGACACUCCAUUACUCAGUACUGAAGGGGUGAUCAACACACAAGCGUUUUGGGGCUGUGCCAAUGAAGGGGUGUCAGACAAAGGGGCACAUUCCCAAAUCGUUGUAUGCGGUCUGUUGCCACAAUAAACACAGGGGAUCCCCCCAGGGAGAAGCAGGAGUGUGGGCGGCUUUGUUUCUUUGAAUUUUAGGUCCCAGCCGCACCCCAACCAGGGCCAAAACACUGAGAGCUGGAAUUGAAUGUAUACGGCACAUUCCUAUUAUCAGGGGGUGUAACCUCAACUCCACUGACUCUCUAACGGGGGACAUUCUAUAGAGUCAAUGCCCCGUCUCCCCCUCCUCAGCCAAAUCCCCAUGAUCCCUAUUACCUCUAUUCUCUGUGUCUAUACUGGGGCCCCAAGCAGUUCUACAGGUGUCGGACACAGGGGGGCUCCCUAGCAAUGACCACCCAUUCUAACCAUCUGUCUGAUCAUUAUUGAGAAUUAUUGGGGUGUCCCUGCUUUGUGUCUGUUACUUUUUAUUGAGAAUUAUUGGGGUGUCCGGCUUUUUAUGCUUUGCUGUUAUACUGUACUUGCACUGAAUGUAACAUUUCCUGGGGUGCAAUAUGGAGCGGCAGCAAGUAGUCCUGCAUUCACCCUGAGAUUGGGGUCUCGCCCUGUGUAUUAGGCACAUAAUCACUGAUGGGGGGCAAGAGGUUCAUUAUAGAGUUCUGAUUAAAAAGGAAAACAAUAUGGCAGCUCCCUCCUACACUAUAGCGCUAUAUAUAUAUAGAGAGAGAGAGAAGGCAUGUUGUGGGCACACAAUGUACCCUUAGUCUGUAUGUGCCAUAGGCAGUGUGCCACCCCCCACCUUUAGGAGGAGAAAUGGAGGAGAUGUAAAGAGUCGGUGGGCAGGUUUGUGUUUGGCCAAAAGCUUCAAUAUAUUUGCCACCAUUUUGUUUUUCCACCCAAUGUUUUGUAAGGAAUAAACUGCUCACAGCAAAUAAA